AUGACCGACGCAUCCUCGACGGCUUACCCGACGAAUAUGACAAACUUAACAGAUUUACAAUUGCGACAAACUAUAACGCAGCUCUCAAAUGCAGCUAAUAAUCCUACAAACCAGUUCCAGCACUAUGUAUCACCCGCACCUCAACAAUCAACAUCCAAAGUAUACCAACCACCUCCUCAACCGGUAGCACCUGUACAAGUCCCUCCUCCUCUCCCACCAAACCCACCCCGUCAUCCACUUCCUGUCGUCUCACAAGCUCUCCACUCCACUUAUCCAUCCCGCCUACGCACAGGAACAACCCUCCUCGUCCAACCCGUACUCACCCAGCCUUCUGCAGCAGCCGGAAACACAAGAGCCUCCACCCGUCGUGGAGGUAUGAUCAACUACGCAGAACCAGGCUCAGGAGACGAGUUCCCGGAUGCUGGUGCUAUCGAAUCCGAUGACUCUGAUUUUGUCGGUAAUGGAGGUGUGAGGACAACUUUGAGGACCCGGAGAAUGGGAACUGGCAUGUCCGUGUUUCACUCAGGUAGUGGUAUGUCCACGCCCCAGCCACAACCACAACGGCGCCCUACACCCAUGCAGAACGACAAGGGAGAGCUGGAUCAGAGCUAUUUAGGUUUGAUUCCUCCAAGCCGCUUUAUAAAAGCCAAACCUGUCGCUCCAACUGCACAUGAAUAUCCUGCGCCCGACUUACUUGAAGUACAAGCACAAACACGCGCCUCUCUGGUCCCUAUCCGUGUCGAAUUCGAAACAGAUACCCUUCGAAUACGGGACUGCUUCGUCUGGAACUUGAACGAGACCCUCAUAAAACCCGAAUCAUUCGCCAAGGUAUUCUGCGCGGACCUCGACCUCCCCACCGUCCCAUGGGCAGAAACAGUCGCAAAUCAAAUUCGUGCUCAGAUUGAAGACCACGAAGGCGUCGCUUCCAUGGAUAUAGGCGUAGACAAUGCUAUCGACUUAUCGUUGGAUCCACAUGUUGCAGUUGAAGCGGGCGAAGAGGUUCCCGAGUGUCGUGUUAUUUUAAGCAUCGACGUGCAGAUAGCGACGUAUCAUUUACUCGAUCAUAUAGAGUGGGACUUGCUUUCGCCUCUGACGCCUGAAGCAUUUGCCUCGCAGCUCUGUACCGAGCUGGGGUUGUCGGGAGAGGCGCUGCCGCUCAUAGCCCAUGCGAUCCAUGAAGAACUCAUCAAGCACAAGAAAGACGCUAUCGAAUGGGGCGUUAUCGGCGGCGACAAAGAAACCGAAGGCAUGAAAGAUAAAACUGGGCUAGGCCUAGGCUGGGGCCGUACAAAAGGCCCGAAAGUCCUUCAAAGCGUAUGGCGCGAAUGGACAGAAGCCGAAGAAUUCCGAACACGGUUCGAGGUGCUCACAGCAGAAGAAGUAGAGAGACGAGAAAUCGAAAAAGAAAGAGCUAGCAGGCGGUUACGUCGCGAGACAUCGAAAUUCCAGACUACCAGAACUAGACGACGUUAA